AUGGACCGCAUUAAGGAGAGAAUGAACCAGCUCCGCCUGGAGGCUGACGAAGCAUCUUCCAAGGUCGAGGAGCUUCAGGCCAAGGUCAAGAGUCUGGAGCAGGAGAACCUAUCCAAAGAGCAGGACAUUACGUCGCUGCAACACAAGAACGGUCUUCUAGAGGCGGAGGUCGAAAAGCUCGAGAGUGCAGUUAAGGAAUACAAGAAGGCCGCCGACGAGAGCACUAGCACCGGUACCCAAAACGAGUCCUUGCAGCGAAGACUCCAGCUCCUCGAGGAUGAAGCCGAGGAGGCUGAUCGCACCUUGCGCGAAACCAACGAGAAGCUCCGCCUGACCGAUGUCAAGGCCGGCCACUUCGAGCGCAAGGUCCAAGCUCUCGAGGCUGAGCGGGACCAGUGGGAGGCCAAGUACGAGGAGAUGGCCAAGAAGCACAAUGACCUGAAGAAAGAACUGGACGACCUCCAGCUCGAAAUUGGUAGCAUCUGA